GCGGAGCCGGGCUCCGGGGCGGAGGAGCCGGGGAGGCGGGAGGCGCGAGGCGCCGGGGCCGUUGAAGUGGCCUCCCUCCCGCCCCCAGCCGCCCGGUCUGGCCCCAGCCCUGUCCCGACCCCCGGCCUGGCCCACUCCGACCCUACCCGGCCGAAGGGUUCCGCUGGACACGCAGGCGGCCUCCGGAGCAGCCCAAGCCCAUGAGGGCCGCGCGCCCGGCCGCCGGUGCUGACGAGACGGAGCUCCUGGCGCCCGAGGAGGAGCAGAGGAUCAAUGCGGUUCAAGAAUCGAUUCCAGCGGUUCAUGAACCAUCGAGCUCCAGCCAAUGGCCGCUACAAGCCAACUUGCUAUGAACAUGCUGCUAACUGUUACACACAUGCAUUCCUCAUUGUUCCGGCCAUCGUGGGCAGUGCCCUCCUCCAUCGGCUGUCUGAUGACUGCUGGGAAAAGAUAACAGCAUGGAUUUAUGGAAUGGGACUCUGUGCCCUCUUCAUCAUUUCUACAGUAUUUCACAUUGUAUCAUGGAAAAAGAGCCACUUAAGGACAGUGGAGCAUUGUUUUCACAUGUGUGAUAGAAUGGUUAUCUAUUUCUUCAUUGCUGCUUCUUAUGCUCCAUGGUUAAAUCUUCGUGAACUUGGACCCCUGGCAUCUCAUAUGCGUUGGUUUAUCUGGCUUAUGGCAGCUGGAGGAACCAUUUAUGUAUUUCUCUACCAUGAAAAGUAUAAGGUGGUUGAACUCUUUUUCUAUCUCACAAUGGGAUUCUCUCCAGCCUUGGUGGUGACAUCAAUGUACAGGACUGUGAUCGUUGAAGGAAGAGAAACCAAGAAAAUGAGCUUCGAAUUCACCCCAGUUGUUUCCCUGGAGACACUUUCCAAACAGCAACAAAAGGAGGUAAAGCCCAGAGAACAGCAGCCUGGGUGGAGGAAACAGAAAUUACACUUCAGGUUACUGACAUGGCUGCAGUUUGUGGGACAGGGUAUGGAAGAGGAGGGAGCCGCUCAGGGAGGAUGCUUCAGAAAUCCAUAAAGCAGUUUCCGUGAGUCAUUGUCCAGAUAUCAAGCUGAAUUUGUACAGGGCAAAACUCUGCAAGCUCGGGUUGCAAAUAACUCUUAGAAGGCUGGAAGAUAAAUGGAAAUUCCAGACAGUGCCCAGUGCUGAAAGACAUUGAAGUUCCAACCAGCCAGAGUUCAGAGAUGGUGCUGGACAUCCCAGGCACUCAGUUGACCCUGCCAAGGCCACAGCUUAGGAGUAGAGCUACUCUAUCCCUAGAGAGAGGGCUACUCUAGAACUGCCAUAACAAGGCCCGGACAAACCUUGAAAGGAUAAAAUUGAUCCUCCAGUAAAUAAACCGCCUAACAGAACAAAACUCAACAAUUUUUAAAGGAAUACAACAGAAUCUUUACUGUAACAACUUAGCAUGUACCAUAAGUAAUUAUUAUCAGAAAUAAAUCAAUAAUAAUGUAAUAAAAUAAAUAAUAAAUAUAUAAUAAAUAUUACCAGAUAGGCAAGAAACUGGAAAGUGACACAUACCUAAGGGAAAACAGAUCAAUAGACACAGAUCAGAAGAUGGGAGAGAUACUGAGAUUCCCACACAGGGAGUUUAAAACAGAUGAGGAAUCUCAGAAAAUACCUAGAGACUAUGAAGAAGAAUCCACAUGGAGAUUCUAGAUCCGAAAACUGUGAUGAUGUCUUAAGAAAAAAAAUUACUGGAGGGAUUUAAUAACAGAUUGGAUAUUGCAGAAGCAAAGGUCAGUGAACUUGAAGCCAGGUCAGUAGAAACUAUACAAACUGAAGCAUGAGAGAAAAGAGUGAUUUAAAAAUGAACAGAAGGAGAAAGAAAUUGGGGCAGUUUUUUGUUUUGGGUUUUUUGUUUUAUGAUUUUUCUUUCUUUUUUUUUUUUGAAGAAAUAAUAGUUACAACGUUUCCAAAUUUGAUGAAAAAUAUCAACCUAGAGAUCCACAAAGCACAAGGAGUCCUGAGCAGGAUAAACACAAAGAAAACUACACUAAGACACAUUAAAGUCAAAUUACUAAAAAACAAAGGCAAAGACAAGACCUUAAAAUCAGCCAGAGAGAGAAAAAAGAGCAAGGAGAGAAGAUGACCACUGACAUUUUAUCAGAAUUCAUGGGAGCAGGAAUACAAUGUAAUGGCACAUUUAAAAUGCUGAAAGGGGCCGGGUGCUGUGGCUCACACAUGUAAUCCCAGCACGUUGGAGGCUGAGGCGGGUGGAUCAUGUGAAGUCAGGAGUUCAAGACCAGCCUGGCCAACACGGUGAAACCCCGUCUCUACUAAAAAUACAAAAGUUAGCCGGAUGUGGUGCCAGAGCUCCUGUAAUCCUAGCUACUCGAGAGGCUGAGGCUGAGGCAGGAAAAUCGCCUGAACCCAAGAGGCGGAGGUUGUAGGAAGUUGUAGUGAGCUGAAGUUGGGCCACUGCACUCCAGCCUAGGCAACAGCAUGAGACUCCAUCUCAAAAAUAAAAUAAAAUAAAAUACAUAAAAUGCGGAAAGGAAAAAACAAAACCCUAUCAACUUCAAGUUGAAGUUAGCACAGUUUAGUAACAUUAAUGUCAAAAAUUUAACUAGGGAGGCCAAGGCAGCAGAUCACUUGAGGUCAGGAGUUCGAGACCAGCCUAGCCAACAUGGCAAAACCCGUCCGUACUAAAAAUACAAAAAUUAGCUGGGCGUGGUGGUGGGCACCUGUAGUCCCAGCUACUUGGGAGGCUGAGGCAGAAGAAUCACUAGAACACGGGAGGCAGAGGUUACUGUGAGCCAAGAUCAUGCCACUGCACUCUAGCCUGGGCAAUGGAGCAAGACGCUGUCUCUAAAUAAAUAAAUAAAUAAAUAAAUAAACCAGGAUUGCUAGAAAUGAUGAAUUUGUGUGUAAAUACAUGGCUGUUUUUCAUUUCUUAAUUUCUUCACGAGAUAACAUGGGGGUUUCUAACAUGUAAAGGUAAAGUACAUGGUAACAAUGGAUGGGGUGGAGAAAUAGAAGCACAUUGUUUUAAGGGUCUUAACCUUGUAUAGGGGAUAUAAUAAUAAGGGUACAUUGUGAUGAGUUAAGGAUGCACACUGUAAUCCGUAGAAUAACCACCACUGGCCAGGCACAGUGUCUCACGCCUGUAAUCCCAGCACUUUGGGAGGCCGAGGCGGGUGGAUCACGAGGUCAGGAGUUCGAGACCAGCCUGACCAACAUGAUGAAACCGCAUCUCUACUAAAAAUACAAAAAUUAGCUGGGUGUGAUGGCACGCUCCUGUAAUCCCAUCUACUUGGGAGUCUGAGGCAGGAUAAUCCACUUGAACCCGGGAGGUGGAGUUUGCAGUGAGCUGAGAUCGUGCACUGCACUCCAGCCUGGGCAACAGAACAAGACUCCAUCUCAAAAAAAAAAAAAAAAAAAAAGAAUAACCACCACCACCACCACCAACAAAAGCAAAAUAAAUGUUAUAGUUAAGUAGUCAAGAGAAAAGAUAAAAUGGAAUCCCAAAGUUAUUCAAUGUAGUCUAAAGCAGGUGGGAAAAUUGGAAAAUGGAAACAAAGGAUAGAUGAAACCAAACAGAAAACUGAGAGCAAGACGGGAGGCUCCAGUACAACCAUAUCAGUAAUUAGGCACCUCAUAUAUCAUAACAAUUACAUCACAAUGGACUGAACACUCCAACUAAAAGGCAGAGAUUGUCAGACUGGAUACAAAAGUUUUCUGAUCUGUAUAAUGGGGAUAAUAGUACCUAAUUUAGGGUCGUUGAUAAUGAAAAAAAAAUUCUGUUUUGAUACAGAAUUAACUAUGUUCUAGGUCUUUGAAAGUUGAGGUAAAUGUGGUAUCUUGAGGAUACUUGUUAACAGAAUGCGUGUCAAAACUAACCUGUGUACUUGGUUUGGUGUCUUGCUUGUUUUGGCAGAAAGGAAAAAAAAAGGGUAUUUUGGAACAGUGACUGGCCACAUGAUUUUGUUCAGGCCACGUCACUGCUCUGGCCUUAGUCUCCUCACCUCUGCAAUAAGGGGGUUGUGUUAGAUGAGUGACUCUUACCAUUUGGGAGUCCCUGUGCCCCUUUGCGAAUCUGAUGACAGCCUUACCCCUGUCCUAGAAGAGGGCUCCUAAUACACACACAAAUAAUUUUGUAUAAUGUGUAUUCAUUGCUGUAUAACCUUGAGGAGUUAAUAUAACGUGUGAUAUUUUGUCUUUGUUUUUACUUUUUAAAUAAAAAUAAAUCUGGCUGAAGUCCUUCUUACCAAGGUUAGGAAGAAAUCCAAUGUCAGUCCAUUUGGAUUGGCUCCUUCCCCAUCUUUUGCUCUCAUACAAAACAUGGGGGCUUCUGUGAACUUUGAAAAAGGACCGAUGCUCACAGGUGGCCCUAGAUCCUCACACCUGGUCCUUAGCUCAUGAUGCUCUAUUGUUGCCUUGCUUUUAGCCGAGGCCCUUGGGGCCCAUUCUAAUCAGGUGCCUGAGUCAGAGCUUCCCUUUACUCUUGGGGGGCACACAAGGCUGCUGCCCAGUGCCCAGGCCUCUGGGACACCCACACACCUAUCCCCUUCCAAGGCCCUGCCAUGAUCUGCCUUAGGUUUCCACUCACUCUGCAGAACCUGUCUCCUUUCUAUUCCUAGUCCUCAGAAAUCCAGGGGACUAACUUGUUUCUUCAUCAGCUUCUAAGCGUUGCCUCUAUUCUCUCUCCUCAUUCAUACAAGCCAUUUUAAUCUUGUAGAUGGGCCUUGAUCUUUGAAAACCAAGAACAGCCUAAAAAAUUCUCCCUUCUGCCCCAAGACACACAAAAAUAUUAACUUAUUGCUAAGCUAAGCAAUGGCCAGGCUCAAAGACAAAAAGGCUUGGAGACAUCUAGAAGGCUAGGAAAUAUCUUGUACUAUGUGAUCUAUGAUCUCAGAGGUCACUUCUAGUUACGAUUUUCCUGUGUCAGCCUUAAGGAAUCUAUAAGCUCACAUAAGCAGGGGAAGUCUGAAAGAAGCAAUCAGUGUAGAACAGUGUUUGAGAAGGACAAAGGGAAGUAAAUACUCUGGCUGAGAUGUAAAUUAUAAAUAGAGUGGCUUGGGCCUGCCUUAGUAGGGAAGGAAGCAUUUAAAGGGGAAGAUGAGAACAGAGGAUUGCACUUUAUUAAAAUGAACUUCCAUGUCUGGCUAUGAUUGCAGUUUGCUUAAAUAUGCUGUAAAUGAGCAGAAUGUUCUGCUUUUUCAUUUGGGACCUGUAAUGUGAUUGCUUGCUCAACUCAACAUUGUCAGUCCAAAGGGCAAUCCAGGUCGAUGUAUAAGAGACUUUUUUUAUGUUUGGUUCAUGUUUACAGAUCAGGAUUGUGUUCACACAGCUUCUUCAUUGUCUAGAAAAUCAAGAGCUUUAGAGGGAAUUACAGUUAUCUGUAGCUUGCCAUGCAGGGUAACAUCAAACCCUUUUUAUUUUUUUUUCUCUGU